AGUAAAUAUAAAGAACAAAUUGAAGGAUUGGACUGUGCCAGCAGCGUUCACCAAUAAAAAGUCUAGGCUAUUAUAUGAUUUUAGUAAAGCUAAUGACAAGGCUAGAUCUUCCUGGUUCCUUUCGAAAGUAUUGAACAAUGGCAAUGUACAAAACGAUGACUCGAUAAAAUUGAAACGUUUUAUUAUAGGCAGUACAAAAGCUAAGACAAGAUUUUAUGACAUCGUGGAGAAUGAUAAGAAAUGUAAUAUGGAUUCUGAGAAAAUUAGCACAGGUGACGAGAGAAUUAAUCUGAAAAGUAAAUCUCUAUCGCAGAUAGUACCUCUAAAUCACGUAACUCUACCGAUGGAGGAUCUGAAGGAUCUUUCUGGAGCAUUUAUCGGUGAUUCCUCCGCGAGGAAAGAGAAGUGUAAGAUUCAAGAAGAAGCUCUAGAAAGUUCUCCGAUGGAGGUUCAAAUGGUCACCGAGAACGUUGACCAUCUUUCUGAUGAAAAUGAAAGACUAUCGUUGUUUUCUCAAAGCGACGAGACGGAAAAUAAUUUCUGCAAAAAAUGGCGACCCGUGGAAAGAGUGUCCUCUGCCGUAAGAUCUCUUUUGGAGAAUGUGAGGAGAAAGAAGAUAAUUAAAAAAUCAAAUUCAAAUUCAAGCAUUGAUUCGUAUCACUUGAACGAUUUCUUUAAGCUGCGUCCACCAUCAGCUGAUUUGGCUACGAAUUUAUUAUCGGAUGUAAAUGAAGAAGUAUUAAAUGAUUGGUUAGGAAGGAACUUAUAUUCGUCUUGCAAUAAAACUCCGAAAGAUCCAUGUACAUGUCUCAAGGAAAGACGUGCUAAAAAAAAUGAUUCAUGUAAACCUAAAAAGGAUCCUUGUAAACCAGAUCCCUGUUCCAAGCCAAAACCUUGUUCCAAGCCGGAUCCCUGUUCCAAGCCGGAUCCCUGUUCCAAGCCGGAUCCCUGUUCCAAGCCAGAUCCGUGUAAGAAGCCGGAUCCCUGUUCCAAGCCAAAACCUUGCUCCAAGCCAGAUCCAUGUAAGAAGCCGGAUCCCUGUUCCAAGCCAGAUCCAUGUAAGAAGCCGGAUCCCUGUUCCAAGCCAGAUCCAUGUAAGAAGCCAGAUCCCUGUUCCAAGCCAGAUCCAUGUAAGAAGCCGGAUCCCUGUACGAAGCCAAAACCAUGUUCCAAGCCAGAUCCAUGUAAAAAGCCGGAUCCCUGUACGAAGCCAAAACCCUGUUCCAAGCCAGAUCCAUGUAAGAAGCCGGAUCCCUGUACGAAGCCAAAACCCUGUUCCAAACCAGAUCCAUGUAAGAAGCCGGAUCCCUGUUCCAAGCCGGAUCCUUGUUCCAAGCCAAAACCUUGCUCUAAGCCAGAUCCCUGUUCCAAACCAGAUCCCUGUUCCAAGCCAGAUCCAUGUAAAAAACCAGAUUCUUGCUGCAAGCCUGAUCCAUGUACAACGAAAAAGACUUCCUGUUCCUCAACGGAUCUCCCCAAACGUGAUUCUUGCGAAUCAGAAAAAGUAGAAUGUCCAGAAAUUAAAAAGACUGAUGAUACUUGUGCACAGAAACAAUGUCCUCCAGUUUUUCGAGCACCUGGUUGUCCAGAAAAUACCAAAGGUGGCGAAAAGAAAUGCAAAACUUCUUCAAUUUAUUAUUUUAAGGACGAGUUUUUAUACGAGAAGCUAUUUAAGAAGAAAUAUUUGAAGUUCUUUUUCUCCGACAAAAACCUGUUAACGAAGGAAAUAGAUAUUAUAAAGAAAUCAAAUGUUAAACGAACAGAAACGAAUAUGGAAUUACCAAAAUUGUAUACCCUUGACACUUUCGGUAUAAAUUAUAACAUAGAAAAUUAACUCCUGAUAUUACAAUAAUAUUAAUUAAAUCAAACCUUGUUAAUUUCACCUGGAUCAAAAUAUGUACUUUGUGGAAAAUUUAUUUAAAUAUAGAAAUACAUACAUAA